AUGGUAAAAAAACAAAAAAUAAAAAUGGUGCCAGCACAGCCAAUUACAAACCAUGGACUCAAAUGGCAAGUAACCAUUUUCAUCUUAUUUUCUUGGCUGCAUCAUUCAGGUUUUGGUCAGAUUCACUAUUCUAUUACAGAGGAAAUGAGGAAAGACUCUGUUAUAGCAAAUAUUACAGAUGACCUUGGAUUUGAUAUUAAGCAGCUCUCAUCUAGAAAACUAAGAAUUGUAUCCAGAGCUUCAGAGAAAUAUUUUUUUAUCAGUCUUGAUAAUGGAAGUCUAUUUAUUAAGGACAGGAUAGACAGAGAGACAUUGUGUGGGGCAGAAUACUCCUGCUACAUUACCUUUGAUAUUGUGAUUGAAAAUCCAUUUCACAUAUUUAAAAUCAAAGUAGAAAUUCAGGAUAUUAAUGACAAUUCUCCUACAUUUUUCCAUGAGACCUUCUCUGUUGAGAUUAUAGAGUCAGCUUUACCAGGAACAAGAUUUGCUCUGCAAAGUGCAGAAGAUCCAGAUACUGGUAUGAAUUCAGUGCAGACAUAUAAACUAAGUGAUAACCAGUAUUUUAUAGUAAGUGAAAAGGUUAGACCAGAUGGCAGUAAAUUUCCAGAACUUGUGUUAGACAAACCCUUGGAUAGAGAGGCAGAACAUAUACACAUAUUAACUUUAAUAGCUAUGGAUGGAGGGGACCCUAUGAGAUCUGGAACUGCUUCAAUAAGCAUCAUUGUUACUGAUGCUAAUGAUAAUUUCCCAAUAUUUGGCAAAGAGAUUUACAGGGUCAGUAUACAAGAAGACAUACCUAUGGACACUACUAUAGUAAAUGUUAAUGCCACAGAUAAGGAUGAAGGCAUAAAUGCUCAGAUUACAUAUUCCUUUAGUAAAACUUCAGAUAACAUACAUCAUACUGGCAUGUUUAUUAUUAACUCUAUAAAUGGAGAUAUUAAAACAAAUAGAAAUGUAGAUUUUGAGGUGACAAGGAAUUAUGAACUAUCUGUGCAAGCAAAAGAUGGAGGUGGUUUAAUUUCCCACUGCAAAAUAUUGAUAGAAGUUAUAGACAUGAAUGACAAUGACCCACAGAUAGUAAUUAGCUCCUUAUUAUCUCCGAUCCAGGAGGACGCCAAGCCAGGUACAAUGAUAGCUUUGAUAGAAGUGCAUGACCAAGAUACUGGAUUCAACGGAGAAACUGACUGUGAAAUUGUUGAAAUUGUACCUUUUAACUUGAAAUUGUCAUCUGACAAUUAUUAUACAUUAUCCACAAGCAUGACUCUAGACAGAGAACAACAAGCCUAUUAUAAUAUCACAAUUGAGGCUACUGACAGAGGAUCUCCCCCUUUAUCCAAUAGAAGGACCAUAGGAUUGGAGAUUGCAGAUGUAAAUGAUAAUCCGCCAGUGUUUAUCACAUCUAAAUAUAGUGCAUACAUUCCCGAGAACAAUUUACCAGGAGCUUCUAUAUUUAGUAUAAAAGCAAUAGAUCCAGAUAUAGGAUACAAUGCUAAAAUUAUUUAUACAAUUUCAACCAAAGAUACAGAAAACCUAUCUAUGUCAUCUUUUUUUUCCAUGAACAUAGAGACAGGAGUUCUUUAUGCCCAAAGGUCAUUCGAUUAUGAACAGAACAAGAGUUUUGAAAUACAAGUAAAUGCAAAAGACAAUGGAUCCCCACCUCUGGACAGUAAUGCGACAUUGGUUAUUAACAUAGUUGAUCAGAAUGAUAAUAGCCCAAACAUUUUGUAUCCAUCUACAGAAAAUGGAUGGCCAGGUGGAUAUGAAAUGGUUUCUAUCACGGCUGAACCAAGAUCUUUAAUAACAAAGGUGGUAGCAGUGGAUCCAGACUCCGGUCACAACUCCUGGCUCUCCUAUCAUUUCAUACAUGUGUCAGAGCCAUCAUAUUUUAUUAUUGGUGAGCACACAGGAGAAAUAAGAACAACUCGGGCAUUUCAAGAAAAGGACACACUGAAGCAAAAGGUUGUGGUGAUGGUGAAAGACAAUGGAGAACCAUCUCUCUCAGCUACUGUAACCAUAAAUGUUUUUUUGACAAAUAAUAUUCAAGUGGCUCCAAAACUCACUAACCAAAUUGAAAAUGAAGACACACAAUCAAAUUUACACUUAUAUCUAGUAAUAGCGCUUGCUCUGAUUUCCUUGUUAUUUAUUUUCACUGUCAUGAUUGUUAUAAUAUCAAAAUGUAAAGAAUCUAAAUCUUUAGAAACAACAUUUGGAGCAGUAAGUACAAACUUAUAUCCUCAAAUUGACUCCAGAAUGCUCUCCUUGUACAGUGAUGGAAGUUUACCCUUUCCCUUCUCAUACAAUGUUUGUGUGGCUUUGGAUUCAACUGAAAAUGACUUUGCUUAUGUUAAGCCACAGCAAAAUGUUCUUGUGGAUAACCUUCUUGAUGCUGAUGAUUCAGGACUAGGAGAUGAAAGUUUAAAAGAAGCAUCACCAACUAGUGAACAGAGAAGUCGCAAAGUGGCCUUUUGUGCAAAAAUGGACAGCUGGUGGUUGGGACAAGAAAAACCUUUAGAACGUGAGUCACAGAAUAUUCAUAAAUUAACUCUAACAACUUUGAAUGGAGGCAACUCUAUAAGAUCAGACAUGGCAUUGAUAAAAAUUAUUGUUACGGAUGCCAAUGAUAAUUCCUAUAUUUACCCAACAGUUAUAAAAAAUUUUGAAUUGGUAAAGAAUUAUGAGCUCUCUUUACAAGCAAAGGAUGGCGGAGGUCUUGUUGCUCAUUGUAAAGUAUUGCUAGAAGUUACAGAUAUAAAUGAUAAUCCGCCAGAGAUAUCUAUCACAUCAUUAUCAACUCCAAUUCCUGAAGAUGCUGCACCAUGUGCAGUGGUAGCAGUAAUUGAAGUUCAUGAUCAAGAUUCUGGCGCAAAUGGAGAAGUGGAUUGCAAACUAAUGGAAGAAUUAUCAUUCAAUUUAAUCUUAUCAGAUGACCAUAAUAAUUUACCAGGAGCUUCAAUCUACACUGUAGAAGAUUCAGAUCCUGAUACUGGUGAUAAUGCUAAAAUAAUCUAUUCCAUUUCCACAAUUAAUAAAGAAGAUCCUCAAUUUUCAUCUUAUAUCUCCAUUAAUAUAGAGACUGGAGUCAUCUAUGCUCAGAGAACAUUUGACUAUGAGCAGCUAAAGGAAUUUGAAAUUCAAGAGAAGGACAUAUUGAAGCACAAAGUUGUGGUGAUGGUAAAGGACAAUGUAGAACCCACUUUUUCAGCUACUGUCACAUUAAGUCUCAUUGGUACAGAUAAUUUUCAGCAAUUGUUUCAAAAUGUAAGAAGUCUAAACCUUCAACAGCCUUUAGAUCUUUCAGUGCAAAUCUGUAUCCCAGUUGAUCCCAGGGUGCUAUCUAUGUAUAGUGAUGGAACAUUACCUCUGCCAUACUCCUACAAUCUUUGUGUGGCUUUGGAUCCCUCUGAAAGUGAUGUUAUUGCUCAAUCAGAUCAAAAUGUAUGUGUUCAUGAACUUAUUGAUGCAGAUGACUGUGGAAUUGGAGUUGAAAGUUUAAAAUAA